AUGCCCAAGAACGCAGUGGUCACCAUGCGCUACGGGCCGUACAGCGCGGCGGGCCUGUCGGUGGAACACCGCACCUUCCGCCUGGAGGGCCUGCAAGCUGUGUUGGCCAAAGAUGGGCACAAGGUCAUCCUAGAGGAAAUAGAGUACUGGAAUGUGGUGGAACUCUUGGUGAAUGAGGAAAUCGUCUUCCAGUGCAACAUUAAGGACUUGGAGUUUGGAGGUGAUGGUAAACUGGACCCACUGUGCAAAGCUGCCAGGAUUGCAGUGCUAAAUGCCUACUGA